GGAAAGGCCGCUUUGCUUGUAACAACGGACCUCUUCGUCUCGCGAUACUUGAUGCUGAAUGAGGUCGAUCCUUCAUACUGAAUGGGUACCGAGUGUGUGGACAGCUAACUUAAUAUGGCUUGUAGAAGAGGAGGGAAUCACAAGCAUUGCCUUUCCACUACUUCCCCCUCCAUUUCGAACUGCCAUAAACUUCCAUCAUGCUCGAGUCGAACUCACAAUAUAUGCAUGGUGUCUGACUUCUUUUAUCCAAACAUGGGAGGAGUGGAAAGCCACAUUUAUCAACUGUCACAGUGCCUGAUUGAAAGAGGACACAAAGUUAUAAUAAUCACACAUGCUUACGAAGACCGCAAAGGCAUUCGUUACCUGACCAAUGGAUUAAAAGUUUAUUAUUUACCAUUAAGAGUCAUGUACAACCAAUCUACAGCAACAACCCUCUUCCACAGUAUGCCUUUGCUCAGGUAUAUAUUUGUACGAGAGAGAGUCACCAUCGUCCAUGCCCAUAGUUCGUUUUCAGCUAUGGCUCAUGAUGCACUCUUUCACGCAAAGACAAUGCAACUGCGAACAGUUUUUACAGAUCAUUCCCUUUUUGGAUUUGCUGAUGUCAGUUCGGUGCUUACAAACAAACUCUUGACUGUAUCGCUGUGUGACACAAACCACAUCAUCUGUGUUUCUUACACUAGCAAAGAGAACACUGUAUUGAGAGCAACGCUGGAUCCUAAAAUAGUUUCUGUCAUCCCUAAUGCUGUUGAUCCCACUGAUUUCACUCCAGACCCAUCUAGGCGGGACAACAGCACAAUAACUAUAGUUGUUGUUAGCAGACUUGUAUAUAGAAAAGGUAUAGAUUUGCUUAGUGGUAUAAUUCCUGAUCUUUGUCAGAAGUAUCCAAAUCUACACUUCAUAGUUGGGGGAGAAGGACCAAAGAGAAUUGUAUUGGAAGAGGUACGAGAAAGAUACCAGCUUCAUGACAGAGUUCGUCUCUUGGGAGCGUUAGAACAUCAGGAUGUCAGAAAUGUCUUAGUCCAGGGACACAUUUUUCUCAACACCUCUCUUACGGAAGCUUUUUGCAUGGCAAUAGUCGAAGCUGCCAGCUGUGGUUUACAGGUUGUGAGUACGAAAGUUGGCGGGAUUCCUGAGGUGCUACCAGACAACCUUAUAAUCUUGUGUGACCCUUCAGUGAAAUCUUUGUGUAAUGGACUGGAAAAGGCUAUAUCCCAUCUGAAGUCAGGAUCAUUGCUAUCUCCAGAAAUUAUACAUAGCCAAGUUAAAACUUUUUAUACUUGGAGAAAUGUUGCAGAGAGAACUGAAAAAGUGUAUGACCGAGUGGCAGGUGAAAUUGUAUUGCCAAUGGGAAAACGGCUUGACAGACUUAUCUCUCAUUGUGGCCCUGUGACUGGUUGCAUUUUUGCUCUUCUCUCUGUAAUAAGCUUCCUUUUCCUAAUGUUCCUGAGGUGGUUGACACCAGAUUACCUUAUUGAUGCUGCAAUAGAUGCCACAGGUCCAUAUGGAGCAUGGACUCAACAGUAUUUCCGCAAAAAAAGAGAAACUUUAAAUUCAAACUCUUGAAAGAAACUGGAAGUCAGAACUUCAUUCUCCAGCAGUGUUACUGUUGGCUGGUGGAGUUACUUUCACAGACAUGUUAAUUAUAAAUUAUUGGAUAGCAUUUCUUAUUGCUUGGAAAGGAAUUUGGUAAGAUGUGCUACCUCAAAUUACCAUUGUCUGAAAUGAUUAGACCUGCUUGCGAAGAUUUGCAACAGUACCUGUUUCACAUUUGUUUGAAAUUGGAUUAUUUUGUAUUACUGGACAGCAUAGAUGAUGAUCAUUAAUAAGACAUGAGAAGGGUAAAGGGAAGCCAUGUGAAUGGAUGGGUUUUCAGGGCGUUAUUUUUUGUUUUCUCUUGUAUUUUAAUUUGUCUCCUUUUGUUGCUUGAAAGAAAUACAAUAGUAAAUGCCAGGUGGCAUUGGAGUUGGUAUGUAUCAUGCUUGUUUUGCAUUUCCUUUCAUUUUUAAGAAUGCGAUGAGAGUAAUAUACAAAAAAGAGUAUAGUCCAUGUCCUAAAGCUGGAAAGAUCAAGUUGUGAAUAUUAAACUACAUGCACCCCCACGGUUUGUAGGAUCUGUAUAUUCAAACCACAAGAAAAUCAGCAAUUGAAGCAUUUUUGUGCUUUUCUACAUUUAUAUAGCCCACUUGUUUAUUUUAGCUGUUUUGUUUUUACUUUCCCAAGUUUGAUACAAAGAUUGGCUGCGUAUUCUGGUUUGUGGGGGAUGUGAUGCUUAAUAUAGCCCAUGGGGAGCAUGUUUCCUUUCCCAUGUGACUUUGACAAGCUUCUGUUUCUUAGCUUGGUAUGGAGGAAUGCUUAUCAGAUUUACUACACAGGACCAAGGCCCAAUUGUUCUUUAUUUCUCUAGAACAGGCUCUUUUUCUGAGCCAAGGCAUUCUGAGCAAAAAGAAUUAAAAGGUUAUGCAUGG